AUGUCCGUCAACGAGCAGACCUACAUCAUGAUUAAGCCUGACGGCGUCCAGCGCGGUCUCGUCGGUGAGAUCAUCGGCCGCUUCGAGAAGCGUGGCUUCAAGCUCGUUGCCCUCAAGCUCAACCAGCCCUCCAAGGAGCAGCUUGAGAAGCACUACGCCGACCUCAAGGACAAGCCCUUCUUCCCCUCGCUCAUCAAGUACAUGCUCUCCGGCCCCGUCGUCUGCAUGGUUUGGGAGGGUCUUGACGCUGUCAAGACUGGACGCGCCAUGCUUGGUGCUACCAACCCCCUCGCCUCUGCUCCUGGAACCAUUCGCGGCGACUACGCACUUCAAACUGGAGCUAACGUUUGCCACGGCUCCGACUCUGUCGAGAACGGCCAGAAGGAGAUUGCUCUCUGGUUCCCCGAGGGCAUCUCGCAGUACAAGCUCUCGUCUGCCGACUGGGUUUACGAGCAGUAA